UGAUUCGGAUCUCAGUAGAAAGGAUGAGCGAGACGUUUGGCCGAUUGCUCCGGGUUACCAGGGGUCGAUGUACUCGAAAGUCGAAGCUUUCCCGACUCAUCAUCAUGCUCGAGUCUCUAUUAACGAAAUUUCUAAUGCGAAUUUAUGAUAUAAUUCUACUAAUUCUACAAAUUAAUUAUUCACGAUCGAUCGGCAUUAGUUCGGGAUUACCGGCCAGAAAUCAUCGUCGACUUCGUCCUGCACCGCCUAAACCACGAUUCGACGGAGUUUUCGAAGACGGCCACAAUCAUGAAGAAAUUGCUAAUAACAUAAACUCUUGGCGCCCGAGUAAUCCACAAUAUAUUUGGGAACUGAGCGGUCUACACGAAGGUGAUAUAAUGAUCCAUCCUGAUAGUCCAUCAUGGAAAAACGGUAUUCUAGACACUAAAGCACGAUGGCCCGGUGGUGUCGUGCCGUAUUUCAUACAGAAAGAUGAAUUUGAUGAGAGCCAAAUCGAAUUGAUCAAAGAAGCGAUGCAGGAGUAUCACAAAAAGACCUGCUUGCGUUUUCGGCCUUACAAAGAUACUGACGACGAUUACGUGACAAUACAAGCGAAAAACUCGGGAUGUUGGUCCCUGGUCGGCCGUCACGGUCAUGGACAGGUCUUGAAUCUACAGAAUCCGGGAUGCGUUCAUCACGGUGUUGUCGUACACGAAUUUAUGCACGCCUUGGGCUUUUACCAUCAACAGAGCGCCGCGAACCGAGACGAGUGGGUCACCAUACAUUGGGAUAACAUCAAGCCUGGCAAGGAGCACAAUUUCAAUAAGUACGAUAAUCGCACUGUGACCGAUUAUGGCAUCGGCUACGAUUACAAGAGCGUCAUGCAUUACAGUUCCCAUGCCUUCUCGAGAAAUGGAGAACCUACUAUUACGCCGAAGAAAGAAAAGGUAAAACUUGGUCAGCGAGACGGACUCAGCGAAAAGGACGUAGCCAAAGUGCAGGCAAUGUAUAAAGAGCAAUGUAGCAAUCGUGACACGAAAGAAAAUGACAGCGAUUCAUCUAAUUCUUCUGAAGAAAUUUCUAUGGGAUGGAUAUUCGAUUAA